UCUCGUUAGUACACAUUCAGCGGUAUAUAUCGAUAGCAUUGUCGUCGGCAUUUCAUACACACUGUAUUCGGAAGCGAGCGAUAUUAGAAAAAUUGAUUUCCACACAAAGACAACAGCUUAAAAAGAAAGAAAAUUAUCAUUUCUUCUUCUCUCUGUUGACUAUCAUCACAAUUGCUAUCGAUUUUCAAACUAUUUAUUAAAACCGAUUUGCAUUUUUAAAAAACCAAUUCUAUAAGCAUGUGCGCUGCUCCCAUAUGAACUCAUUGAAAAGCGUUGAGAAUCUCGUACAAACAUACGCAAAAUGUUGUUUGUACGGCGUUAUUUUAAACGAAAGAAGAGUCACAAAGAAAAAUUCACGCGAAAAUUAAAGUAAAACAAGUCAAACAGUUACAUAAACCAGUGCAUUUCAGUUGAUGUAAAAAUGUUCUAGUUGGUUCCGAUGGUUCGUUAUUUUUUUUUUGUCAAAGUCAAGUCAAGUCGAAAUGUUAUUUUUAUCGAACGUACUUUCUCUCUCUGCAUAUAUAGUUCAGUAAAGUCAAAGUUUUCAGUAUUAAAGAUAUUUUUGUCUAAAUAACUAAUUGAAAUAAUCAAGUAAAAAAAAUAUAAUUAAGAUGGUGAAAAUUCUACUCCAAAUUAUAAAUUAUGUCGCAAAGACAUCGAAAAAAUGGAUAGUGAAGAUUCGCGACCCGGUUCGUCUGCGUCGAAUUCAUCUUCAUCGUCGGUGGAAUCUAAUGAAAAUAUUGAAAAUGGCUCUGUAUCAUCGUCACGUAAGUCUCGAUCCAAAUCGGUAAAUUCGAAUUCGAGUUCGGCAAAUUCAAGCCGAAAUCAUUCGCCCGAAUCACAAGCAGCUGUGUUGAAAGAGCCACAAUCGCCCGUUCAAGAUUAUGAUCAAGAUAAUCAAGAUUCACAGUCGCGUUCAAUGUCACGAGCAUCAAACCGUUCGGAUAUGUCGAGCGAGGGCCAUGCAAACGGUUCAGUAAACUCUCGACGUGAUAGCCGUUCAUCUGAUCGAGAUAAUCAGGUAUCAUCGCGUGAGCAAUCUAUGUCACCAACGCGAGAAAGUGGCUCACGGAAUUCAAGUGUGUCAAGCUUGCCGGCAAAUAAUGGAAAAACAAGAAAUGAUGCAAUUAACAUAAGUCACGAGGAUUUAAGCGAUGUCAGUGAUUUAGAAAGUGCUGCCGCUUCACCUAUCAACAAUGACAAACCUGAUGAUAAUGAAGAUGCAAAAGAAAAAGCGCCGGCAAUAGUUGACCUACGCCAAAAAAUUAAUGAAAAGAAAAGCCAACACAAAGCGCUGGACGAUAAGCAUAACGAUCAAGGUAACAAACAGAGUCCAUCAAUUGUUGAUGAAAUCAAUGAUAUUAUGGACAAGAAACACGACGAGGAUGCACUGGACUUUGAGGCUGAAGAUGGCGAAUGUGCCGACGAAAAGGAGGAAAAGCCAACAGAAUCAAAGGAGCCAGAUAACAAACCGAAAAAAGACUCGGACGGUGAAAUUGAGGAAGGUGAAGAAUUAGAAGAGGGUGAGGUCAGCGACGAAGAUGAAAAACGACCAGAAGAAACGGAACCAAAGCCAGUGUGUCGAUUCUAUACACGUGGACAAUGUACUUGGGGUAUGAGCUGCCGCUUUUUGCAUCCAGGUGUUACAGACAAAGGAAACUAUACUAUGUUUGACAUGAUUCGACCAGUUCCCGUAAAUGCACAUGCACCGCCAUACGGACCGGGCGGCGUUGUGCCAUCGUAUCAUCAUGAUUUUCGUAACGAACGACCGGCAAUGCAUCCAAUGCAUAAUGCACCACCACAAGCACGUCCAAUGCCUGAACCGGUAGUUGAAAGUGCAUGGGAACGUGGAUUGCGAACAGCAAAGGAAAUGAUGCGAAAAGCAAACAAACGUAAAGAACAAGAUAUGGACUUUGAAGAUAAGAAAAUGAAUUUAUCAGCAUCACAAGAUGAAUUAGAAAAGGAUAAUUAUUACAUUCGUGAACGAUCGCCGGAAAUUUCAUCACAGCCCGGUUAUGGGAGGCCACCGAUGCCAAUACAUCAUCCACCGAUCAAAGGUGGUGGUUACAGUCCACCGCCAGUACCACAUAAAUAUGGUGGAAUGGCCCCGAGACCAGCACCAAUUCCAUACGAAGACGAUCCAUAUGGUCGUUCGAUGCGAUACCGCGAACUACCACCACAUCGAAUGCCACAAUAUGAAGAUGAAAUAAUGGCGGGAAAACGUCGUAUUAGACCAGCACGUGAAGUAAUUGUUCAACGCGUCGAACCAGUCGGACGUGGCGAUGAAUGGAACGAUCCAUGGAUGCGAUCAAAAUCACCUGGACGCGAACGUGAGAAGCGACAAAAACGUGAACGAAGAAGCUACAGCAGUAAUUCAUCGUACAGUAGCUCAAGCAACAGUUCAUCACAAUCUGGUUCUAGCUCAAAUUCCAGUCGAUCACCAACACCAUCGAAUCGCCGCCGACGUUAUAGUAGCACGCGCACCAGCGGUCACAAAUCUCCGGUUCGUGGUCGCCAUGUGAAACGAUCACAGUCACCAGAUGUACACAAACGACGUCAUUCACCGGUUCAAAUUCAUCCAAAUGUGAGCAAAGAACCCCAUUUUGAUGCUAAAAAAGACUUACGUAAUCAUCCUACAUUAAGCAAAAGAGCCAAUCCAAAUAUAGUUGUACGUCGCUCGCCACCCAAAAAACGUCAAGCAACACCUCCGAUCAACGACAAACGUAUCACCCGAUCACCAGCAAACAAAAGGAAACGACAGACAUCGCCACCACCACCUCCUCCUCGAAAACCAAUUUCGUUUUCGAUUGCUUCAAAUAAUAAUCUUCGCAAAAAGAAACGAUCAAGCUCGUCUGGAUCAGGUUCAUCUGAUUCGAGUGCAUCAGAAUCAGGAUCAUCAGAUUCAUCCAGUUCAAGUGCGUCAUCAUCACGUAAUGGACACAAACCACGUUCACGCGAUAAGGUCAUCAGUGAACGGAAACUGGCUAGUAAGAAAGUUGAAGCAGCCGCCAAAAAACGAUCACCGCCCGCCCAAAGUGGUAAGGCAUCUGGUGAUGGUUCAGCAAAUAAUACAAGUAAAUCAAAUUCGUCAUCAUCAUCGUCGGCAAAUGCAAAGAAAUCGACGCGUCGUGAGGAGCUAUUGAAACAAUUGCGAGCCGUUGAAGAUGCAAUUGCGCGCAAGCGCUCAAAAUUAUCUUGAACUGAUUCGAUGUGUGUGCACCGUCGUGCACAAAUAUAGAUUUAUAUUGUUUUAUAUUAAGAAAGUUCACAAUCUUUUACACAAGUUAAAUAUUCAACGUAGUAAUCCAUAAUUGAUAAAAAUAUCAGUGAAGAAAAUUGUAAUGCACACUGAAUAAAAGAAAAGAUGAUAAAGUUGGCUGCUGAAAUAUGAAUAUCUCCUAUUCUAUGGAAAAUAUUCAAGUAGAUUUACACAUAAUAUACGGAAAUAUUAUUGACACUUAUUGUUUAAUCCAAUGCCAAUCGAAUGCAUUGAACAAGAAUUUAGGUAGUGAACCAAUGAAGAAAAAAAAAACUAAACAACAG